AUGGUUGAUGGUGUGAGACAAAGUGAAGAGAGAAAAAAACCACUUGACCGCCCAAUACUUAUGACAAAUCAUUUGAUGAUACAACAAUCAAUAUCGAUGAAAAUCUUCAAGAUACUUUUCAUCCUUAUUGUUUUCAAUAAAACAAGUUCUGGCUCAAAUUCUUCUUGUUUACCUUGUUCAUCUAAUUUGUGUUACAAAUGUUUUAAUACGCUGCCGAUUGACCGUACAAAUGUCGAACAACUCACCGUCAUAUGUAAUACAGCUAACAAUUCACUUCAAUAUCAAGAACGUUUCUAUUCAAUAAUUCAAUCUUAUACAACAAUAAAUUGUUCGAUGAAAACUCUUUAUUUUGAUCAUUAUUCUCUUUGGAAUUAUCUUGAAUAUAUGUCAAUUACUUAUGCUAAUUUAACAGAUUUUUCACCUGUUAUUUUUAAUCGGUCAUUAUCAUUAUCAUCACCUAUUCUGUAUAGUAUUCGAACACUUAAUCUAUCGCAUAAUUCACUAGGAAUUAUAAAUAAAAAUUUCUCGUAUUAUUUUCCAUCAUUAGAAAAACUCGAUCUUAGUUAUAAUCAUUUCAUACUUAUUAAAAAACAAUCGUUUAAUAAUUUGAUUAAUUUAAAAGAACUUUAUUUAAAUAAUAAUCAUUUAAAACAAAUUUUACCAAAUAUUUUUCCUCGUCAAGCUCUAAGCAUAAUCAAUUUAAAUAUGAAUUAUUGGCAUUGCUCAUGUAAAAAUAUUCCUACACUAUUAAUGAGUCGACCGAUUCCAAAAUGCUAUACUCCACACGCAUUUCAAUAUCAAAAUAUUAGUAUUAUUGCACAACAAUGUUUUCUUCGAACGAAAGCAAAUAUCUUAAUUACGACAAAUAUUCAGAAGAAGCAAAAUUUAACUUGUGUGUUAUCUCCAAUUAUUGAUGCGUGGAAAAAUAAAAUUAACAAAAAUAUUACAUUAUUGUCCGCCUGGGACAUAGAACAGCACCGUUCAAUUUCAUUAGAAAAACUCUCUAAUUCCAGUAAUAAAUCCAACAACUGUCUCGUCUGUUUCAAUUUAAAAUCGCCUCGUUCCGAAUCAAUCUACGCAAUAAUUAAUCUUUCAUCUAUUGUCUCCUCACAGCCAACCCUCUUCACAAAAUUUAUUCUACAUACAACGCCAACUAGAAAACCAAUAAUUGUAGUUACCGCAUCAUCAAAUAAACUUUCACCAUUUGUUCUAUGGCUUUUCAAUACUAGUAAAAAUAUGCUACCAAAAUCUUUUCAAAAGUCUGAUAAACAAGUCUUAAUUGUUUGGCUAAUUCUUCUUAUUAUGGCUUUUAUCAUAUUUUUAUUUCUUAUUUAUUUUAUUUAUUCUCACAAAGCAAUCAACACACAUCCGUUGAAAAAGUCGCGUUCAUUUUUUCGUUUUGAUAAAAAUCCUCACAAUCAUCGAACAUUACUAAAUGUAAAAUUCACUUGUAAAAAUCAUAAAUGUCUAUGUCAGUAUCGUCGUCGGGCUCAUUCAUCAUUAUAUUUAACAAAUUCAACGUCAACUAAUUUACUUGGCAAACAAACAGGCUUCAUUCAACCGGCAAGUGUCACACCAGAUCAAUUACGUUAUGCAAAAAUUAAACAAAUACCAUCAACAAAACGAUUAGAUAAAGAUUAUUUAGCUGGAGAAUUUCGAACUAUAGUUACAUUGAAACCCUUACCGAAUUGA